AUGAUGAACGAGUUUGCGAGACAACCUCAUCCCGAUGCCGCACACCGCGAGCGACUCUCUCAAGAGAUACCAGGCCUCAGCCCUCGUCAGGUUCAAGUAUGGUUUCAGAACAGGUAUGACUCCUGCGAAGUAGUAGUGCCGACAGUCUAUAUUUUGAGAUCAACAGCUCUGACGCUGUCAAUUCAGGAGAGCGAAGCUUAAGCGCCUUACUGUCGAAGAUCAGGAGCGAGUCAUGAGAUCACGGGA